UCCUCCCCAGUUCCUGCCUGUGUGAUGCCAGGCUGAGGAAUUUCCAUGGCGCCCCCAACAUUAGCUAGAGCAUGAUGUAGAACAGCUCUGGGGGGUUACUGCUAACAAAUCUCACAGCCCCAAUCCUGCUGCUCUUCCUCAAUCUUUACAUCAGCUUAAAUCUAACAUUACAUUCAACAACGCCAUCCUCUGUUUUGAUGCACAUAGUCACAUGAAGGCUACUGUUGUGGUACUGAUUCUCAGUGAAAAUUCUGCUGUUACUCUCCUGAGGAGCAGAUACUUUCCAAAUUUUGUGAUUUGUGGUUGUAAUCCAAUGGAAUCGGGGUAGGAAAAGAGUUUGGCAAUCCAAGUGCGUAGUUUUUCCUUUACGCAGUCAGUUUAUGCUGUGUAACUUCUCACAGACCAAACUUUUCCUCACAGAGAAUACAAUUCUGACACAAUUCAGCAUAAGAAACUGUCCGCAGCAAGUGUUUUAGAUGAGACACAUGUUUUGAACAAUUUGGAUAUUUAAUUCCUUCGAAGUUUGUGAACUAGUAAAGUUGAUCAUCUUGUGAGGAGGAGGAGGAAGAAGAGGAGGAACAGUGGUGGUUUACCUGUAGUUACCUGUACUAACAACCAUGUUGCCUGGUGGUGAGCCGUUGCUUCACUGCCUUAGAUUGUAAGUUCUGUCGGAGAAACGUCAAUAGUGGCUCAGGAACGCAGCAACAGUGGGAGUGGGGUGGAAAAGGUCAGGAUGGGGCGCAAAAAAAUCCAAAUAUCCCGCAUUGGCGACGAACGGAACCGGCAGGUGACAUUUACAAAGCGCAAGUUUGGCCUGAUGAAGAAAGCCUACGAGUUGAGUGUGUUAUGUGACUGUGAAAUCGCUCUCAUCAUAUUUAACAGUGCCAACAAGUUGUUUCAGUACGCGAGUACUGACAUGGACAAAGUCCUCCUCAAGUACACAGAGUACAACGAACCACACGAAAGUCGCACAAACAAGGACAUCAUCGAGUCAUUAAACAAAAAGGACCACAAAGGAUGUGACAGCCCCGACCCCGAAACUGACCCCUACAGCCAUCCGCUGACCCCUGAGGAGAAAUACAGUCGCAUGAAUGAGGAAUACCAGAGAGUCAUGCAUCAGAACUCAAUGAGGCACGGAAUGUCACCGUACCCUAACCCAGGCAUGCCUCCUGGUGUCACAUCAGGGAUGCCUUUACACAACCCCACCUACAUGAGUCAGUCGCCCAUCCCUCAGGGGCACGGGAUGUCUCCCAACCCCAACGGAAACCCUAACCUGCUCCACCCACCUGUGGUCCAUCCCAGUGGCAGCCCCAGACCCAACUCUACAGGAGGCAUGGUGGAUAUGUCUGUGAACUCCCCCGCUAAUGGCUACCAUCAUCACAGUUCUCCGUGCCCCUCCCCUGGGGCAAUGGGAAACAAAGGCAUGUCUCGACAAUCCCCACCUUCGAGGGGUCCACACAGCGUACGACCCAUGAUGCACAGCAACAGAAAUGACAUGAUGAGCCCAGACCCACAAGCCAGACCUACGAACGCCCCCAUGCACACGCCUGCCGUAUCCCUGACGACACCCAGUAUUCAAGGUUCUAACUAUCCGUCCCCUCUUCCUACCACCUACCACUCAAACGAUUAUCCUGUAAACAAUUCCGACAUGAGUGUUCCAAUGUCCAAUUAUUCACAUCUACAUUGGAGUGGACAGGGGUCACUGUGUUCAGGGAUCCCUCCUGGGGGCCUACAAGUACCGCCUGGGUCGAACAACCCUGGCGGCGGGCACCUAUCUCCUCUGGCAAUCAACACAAUCAAUCACAACAUGCCGAUGCACAUAAAGAGUGAGCCUAUAUCGCCACCACGCGAUUCGACGACACCAUCUAAUCUCCAUUCACUGCGGCCUCCGUCAUCAGGUCAAGGCCAUCUAUCACCUGUACACAUGAAUCACACGCAUAGUAACAAUUCAUCCCCUAACACAAACUCACAGCCACUGGAAUAUGAUGGACCUUUAUUAAAGCGUACUCGUGUAGACCAUGGAUGGACAACCUGAGACCCUGUGUCAAAUAUAGGGGUCACAAAAUGUCUCUCAUCUGUAAUAUAUAUAGAUAUAUAAAUAAACUUGUAUGUGAGAGUGACAUCUGGUGCCAAGGUUGCUGGAUCUCCUGAGGUUUAAAAAGUGCGAGUUCACCAGACUCUGAGGUCAGCAGGGCAUGUCAUGUAUAUAGAAGUAUAUAAUAUAGAAAUAUUGCUGGGUAAAACCCAGAAAACAUACCUGGAUACUUGACCUUGUCCUGACCUUGAAUAGACCUUGGCCUUUACCAUGUGGAAGAAAGAGAUUUGGACCCCUUUGCUACAUAUAUUUUUUGUGUUACCAUGGUUACAUUUUUAAGUGCAUGUGCCUUCAUCCUGGUGUAUUCCAUUGUACAUAGUGACCAUGUUUGUCGACAAUGUUCCCUUCACUGUCACCCAUCACCAGUCAUCAGUUUUGGUAUCUAGAUCAACUUUAUAAUUCAUUUUGUAAAAAAUUACAAUUAAAGAUGAUGCCAUAUCUAUACAGUCAUGAAAUAUGAAUGGACCAACAUGGUUCUAUUGUCAUAACCACUGUAACGGUUGUAUAUGUAAUGUUAGUGAAGGGAGAUAACUCUAUGUGUUGUAGGUAUUUGUGUUGAUGACUUGUGUAGUCACUCUCUAUGCCUGAAAAUCUAUCCCAUAAUGUACGGUUGAAUAAUGUUCCUUCAAAAUUUUCCGACAAUAAUGUUGUUAAAAUAUUAAUGAAAAUAUUUAUUUUAAUGUGGAAAGAUUUUACCAGAUGUGCAGGAUACCAUGUGUACCCCUGAAAUGACUAAUGUAUGAGAUGCAGGUCUGGUAUAAUUUGGUGGUGAGCUGUAGAUGCACUGGUUGGCAGCUACCCCAGUGAUAACAAGUUCUAUGUAAAUACAAUGGAUAGGUCUCAGACGUUGUAAUAGUGCUUCUAUACAAUAAACAGAGAUUUCCCAGAAUAAAGUGCUAUUUGAACAUGCAUGCUGCCAAAAAUGGAAAUCUGCAUUAAUCAAAUGUUAUCCAAUGUAUGAAAUUGUUUUGUUGCCUAUUUUUGUAUGGAAAUUGAAAGAUUUCAAUGAGACAAUCCUGUGAGAGGUGUUUUAUAAAUUCUGUGAUGACAGUCAUCCCUGUUGUGACCCCCUGCACAGUGUUGUCAGUGGUAUCGGGAAGGUGUUGUAUGGGUAUCGUGUCACGAGUCAAUACCUUACACAUUUCAGCUGUAGAGGGAUCCUCAGACAUCUCCUCAGUCACACCGUGUUAAUAAAGCUACAUUAUUUACCUGCAUUAAUCAAGGUAUAUAUACCUAGUUGAUUAGUUUGUUAUUUUAUUGGGAAUGUCAUUCUAUCAACAAUUCUAUACACCCUUGGUUAACUAAUGGUUGGCUUUACCAGUUUCACUUUGUAUAAAUCUUUAUUAAUUUGUUGCUCUUCACAAUGUAAAUCAUAAUUAAUUGAUGGUUUUUCAUCUUCUUGAGGGUUAACCCAAAUUCAGAAAAUCUGUGCUCAUUUUGAAGUAUUUUAUUAGUCCAGAGUCAACAUUUUUUUUUUAUUCUGAUGGCUUAGACCAUGUUUAAGUUUUAUUAGAUUGCUUUUGAGGUGAAUUCUGCAGGAAAAGUAUGGCUGACCAGUAUACUUUCACAGACAAUGAUAUUUUAAUCUAUAAAUUGGCUGGGUAUAUAAUAUCAAGGGUAAUUAUGAUAGUCCAGUAGUUUUUUGUUUGCGCUGUUGUGUGUUGUGGUGCCUGGUCUGUCUUAUGGUGUCUGUGAUGUGGUGCUUCGACAGAGAUGUGGUCUAUUAGCAUUGCACGCCACAUCUGUUACGACCCUUAUCAAAACAUUAGCCUGUACAUAUGUCAUUGUAAUACACUUUUAUAUUGCAGGAUCAAAAUGUUUCUCACAAGUGCCUGCCCAAAAACUGAAGUGCUACUAAAUUUGUUAAAUUAUAAUACACCCACCAGAAGCAGAUAAUGUCAACAUAUCAAUAGGUCAGGUCUCCAUGGAAACCGAUACCCCUUGACCUUGGGACGUAGGCAUUACAACUUUGAAUUUCCAGGGCGUCCUGAGCCCCCUGGAGUAUCAGCCUUAUAGCCAUAAAAAUACGUACACAAAGGAGGCCAAUGUGUAAACUGGUUUUUUUAUAUCAUGUUGGUGUACAUUGAUGAAAAUUUUGUACUGAAUUGGUAUUUAUAAUAGCCAUACUUCAAGGUCAGGGUCAUAUUAAUUUCAUAAUGGGUUUAAAAUUACCUUUCUUCAAGGUCAUGCUGAAUUCAAAACUCUCAUUAUCUUCCUUCAAGGUUAAGGUCAUAUGAAAUCUUUGAAUGAUCCAUCUUUUAAAAUCAAAAUUAUACAAUUUCAGUCCCAUUUUAAAUAAGAAUCAAAAUUUAAGGAUAAAUAUUUAGAAGAUUAAAAGUAUUUUGCUUGUUGAGUAUCUUCGUUUAUGAUAUAAAGAACCUGAAGUUGAGUGUUGGGGACCUAUUCUGCAGUGAUCAGUAGGGGCCAAAUAUAUCAGUACGGUACAACCUCAGGUGUCAUGGCCGACACUCGUAAUCAAAGUCUCUUUAUAUUUAAAAAGAAGUCAUUAUUUUUAUGUACACACUGAUAACUAUUGUAAGCAUACCUGUGGAGUGUUGAUUGGCGAGUCAUCUCACAUGUGUCUGUAUGUAAACUAGAGUUCACAUCAUCGCCAUACUUCUAUCAUAGACCAGAUCAUGAUGUUUUCUCAAAACAAAUGCAGAAAAUAAUGCUUUGUGCCAAAUGUGUAAAUUGUGAAAGAUCCUUGAACAUUAAUAUCUUAUUAGACAGAAGCAUUCCUAUCACACAGCUCAUACCACUUAGUCUUGUGUACCCCUAUUUACCCAGUGUUGUCACAGUCCUGUGAAAUCUUCACGAGGUCACCUUUGUUUUCCCAAAAUACUUCCAUAUACAUUAUCCUGUAGUCUGACCUUGACCACUCACCGUUCAUACCCUCACUAGCCAAUAGUCUAACUUGAAUCCCUCACUCGCCUGGAAUGCCUUACCCUUCAGUGUCCAAACUCGCCACUGAGCUGGCAUGCAUCAGAAUAUGUAAUUUUGUAAUUCAAAAUGGAAAUAUACUCUAUGUAGGAAAUAAUCUCACAAAUGAACUAUUGAUAGGAAAAAUAUUAUUUCAAAAAAGUGAAAGGCCAAGGUUAUCUUGUAUUUAACAUUUCAAGGUCAACAGGGACACAUUAAAUUGUUAUUGUAAAUUGUCAAUCACCGUUUUACUGCUAUUGUUAAGUUAUUUUCCCACAAGCUUCCACUGCAUAUUUUUGAAAAAGUAAAUAUAAAAGCAAAUAGCUAUUAUUUUACAGAAAUGUUUAAUCAAAGUUUUGAAAUGUGUCAUUCUGGGACAGUAGUUAUGAGUGUCAGAUAUCUGUGUUUGUAACAUUGUGGGAAACUCUGAUCGACGUCCUCCCAACAUGGUGUAGUCUGUAACGUGAGGUUAGACCUCCAGGAUAAACAGGUUCAGCGGAAUGUAUAGUCAUGCAUGAUGACAGUGGUGUAAGUGGAAAAUGUCAUAGAAUCACUGGUAACCUGUUGUUGGUGUAUAACUUGUUGGAAUGGCAGUACAGGCUAUACAACAAUGUACACGAGUUGUUACUUUAAUCAUAACUUUCAAAACUUUUCUAUCAAUGAACCAGUGAGCCUUUAUGGUUCUUCAGGUAACAGUGACGCCCUUACUCUGUCAAUAGUACCAGUACUCUGAAUACUGUCCCAGUACUUUGCAUACUGUGUCAGUACUUUGCAUAUCAAAUCAGUACCCCAAAUGUUGUAUCAGUACCCAGCGUAUUGUACCAACACUCUGUGAAUGGCCCCAGUAUCUUUAAUAUUGUUUGCAGUAUCUCGCAUAUCGUACCAGUAUCCCGCAUAUCGUAGCAGUACCCUUUAAAUGGUACGAUUACCUUGAAUAUCGUCUACAGUGCCCCGCAUACCAUAUGCAUUUAUCCUACAUAUCGUAGUGCCGUGUCAUGUCCGUGUCUGUUAAUAAACCAGUGUACAAACGAUUGAAUGGCUGCCGUAACCUUUGACUACAGGGGUACAUAAAACUAGAUCAUCCCCAUCACAACAAUGCUAUAGAAAGCUAUAUCCUGAGAGUGUUGUUGAUUGUACAUCAUCUGUAACAUGAGAGUUUGGGAUUAAGGUGAUACAGUGACAUAUUUUACUCUUGCAAGUUGUAAUAUAUUUGUGCUUGAUACUUAAUUUAUUGUAUGUUGAUUCAUUUCAUGCAGGAAUUAAUUUGUUCUGCACAUAUUGUUUUAUUAUUCUUAAAAAGUUGGAAGACUUUUUUUCAUGUGAUCACAUUAAAGGGAGCACCCUUGUACCAAAUGUGUAUAGUCAUCUACUUUGGAGAGUUAAUAUCUUCACAUUGACGAGUAAAGAGCACCUCCUAUACCACAGUGUAUAUCACAGAGGAGUUGUCUACCUUAGUUACCUAGACAUUGACGGGUACAGAGCACCUCUUAUACGACAGGUGUAUAGAUCACAGAGGAUUUAACUACCAUAGAGAGUGACUUAACUAUUGACAGGAGCACCUCCCGUAUCACACAUGUAUAUAUCACUGAGGAGUUGUCUACCUGAAUUACCUAAACAUUGACGGGCACAGAGCACCUCUUAUUCAACAUGUGUAUAGAUCACAGAGGAUUUAACUACCAUAGAGAGUGACUUAAGUAUUGACAGGAGCACCUCCUGUAUCACACAUGUAUAUAUCACUGAGGAGUUGUCUACCUUAGUUACCUAAACAUUGGCGGGUACAGAGCACUUUCAAUACCACAGGUGUAUAUCACACAGGAGUUGUCUACCUUAGUUACCUAAACAUUAACGGGUACAGAGCACCUCCAAUACCACAGGGGUAUAUCACAGAGGAGUUGUCUACCUCAGUUACCUAAACAUUGACGGGUACUGAGCACCUCUUAUACCACAGGUGUAUAGACCACAGAGGAUUUAACUACCAUAGAGAGUGACUUAACUAUUGACAGGAGCACCUCCUGUAUCACACAUGUAUAUAUCGCUGAGGAGUUGUCUACCUUAAUUACCUACACAUUGACGGGCACAGAGCACCUCUUAUUCAACAUGUGUAUAGAUCACAGAGGAGUUGUCUACCUUAAUUCCCUAAACAUUGACGGGUACAGAGCACUUCCAAUACCACAGGUGUAUAUCACAGAGGAGUUAUCUACCUUAGUUACCUAAACAUUGACGGGUACAGAGCACCUCUUAUACCACAGGUGUAUAGAUCACAGAGGAGUUGUCUACCUUAGAGAGUGACUUAAGUAUUGACAGGAGCACCUCCUGUAUCACACAUGUAUAGAUCACUGAGCUACCUUAGAGAGAUACGUAAACUAAAUACUACGUUGACGAUAUAACAUUCAAAUAUUGACUAUACAUGUAUGUGUAAUGUGUGACAUAAGCUGGACUUAUGUUUGUUUUUCCUCAUUUUUACAUAUUAUUUUGCUAUAAAGUAUUUGUUAGUUUUGUGGUUUUUUAGUACUAAGUUGUUGUUAGCUAGGACUCACUUUCAGAUGGAAAAACGAGUUUAUCAAAAACAUUACAAUGAAAUAUUAAUAAGCUGUUAAUUAGUCAUGCCUUUUCAUUGGAAUCAAAUGACAUAAAUAAAUGAAAUUAAGAUUGGUAUUUCAAGCUUAUAAACGUCAUAAUGAUCUGAUUUAUGAAGUUCAGAUUGAGAAUGUUAAACAUUAACUAGUGAUGUUAGCCGAGGGGAGAUAACUAGUGAUGUUAGCCGAGGGGAGAUAACUAGUGAUGUUAGCCGAGGGGAGAUAACUAUUGAUGUUAGCCAAGGGGAGAUAAUCUACUUGUAGUUACUCUAUGCGUGCCAUACUCCAAUGCUAAACAAACUAAGGUUGCUUUAAUUAUUAGAAAGUUUUAAGAUUUUAUAAAGUUUUAAUUCAACUGUCCAAGGAUUGGAUGAUUGUAAAACACUCUGUAAUUGUACCAUCCAAUGGUCAAACAAACAUUUUCCAACAUAAGUUUCUUUGUCUUGUGUUUUUACAAUAAGGAUAUAUGCUGCUACACAAACAAUCUAUACCUGCUUUUGGUACUUUUUUCCAUAAAAAGUUUAAAUAGCAAAUGCUAUUCAGAAUUACAAACUAAUAUGCGUUAUUAAAUUUUAUUCAGAAUUACCAGACUCCAAUAAGGAGUAUUACUAGCUGCUCAUAAAGUCUUGCAUACCUGUCAGGUCAGUUUAUCAAUUUCAAAUUAAGUUUCAUAAAGUUUCCUUAUUGUAACUCUUUUGGAAGGAGUUAUGAAAGUAAGGUGACAUAUAUCCUUAACCGAGUAAGUUUGGUCCGUCACACUGACAUACAGAUAGAUUUGGUGAAGCUGUAUACCACAUAGUUGAUGUUGAUUGCUCGUUUUACUUAUCAAGAGUGUUUGAUUUUACAGAUUUCACUGGGCAGUGUUAUAUUGAUAAUAAAUAUGUCAGGUUUGUUAUUUGUUACAGAGCAGUCUAGUACUUGUUAGAUGAUUUUCAUUAGGUCUUGAUCAUUUUAUACCAUAGCAAUGAUAUUUUUAUAUUCAGGCUAAAGUUGAAUACUGUGUUUGCCUUUACCAUAACAAUGAAAGUUGUCUUUGUUUUUUCAAAAUUAAUGUUUUUGUUUAGAUGGUCAGAGUUAAAAUUAAUUGUUAAGUUUUAUUGUAAAAAUUUGAAAUGGAAUUAUUUCAAAUGUUAAUUUUGAAAGAGUUUUUCAUGUUGGUUAUCAUGCUGUAGGUCAUUAAAUUUGUAUCCAGGUUUUGGUUUUUUAACAAUGAGACUAUUUUCGUGCAACACUAUGACUAAAUGCUGACUGAACUGCUUCUCGUUUGACAUUGUGUGUCUAUAGUGGUGUAAUAUGUGAUUGAAAGGAUGUUCUAUAUAUAGAUAACAAAUUAGCAUAAUCUACCGGUUUAUUAAGGCUAUAUAUACAUUAUAUAAAAUGUCACUUUAAUUUGUAUUCUGGGAUAAAAAGAAAUCAAAUGUUUAAAUAUGUAUAAUUACAUAUGCUGGAUCACAUGGUUUGUAUAUCAUUUUUUGUAAAAGAUUAUUUGAAAGGGUAGCACUUCCCCUGACCAUUUGUUAGUGUGAGUUAAUCAACGACUUAUUCACACACUGUGUUGUGUCCGAUGCCUUAGAUACUGCACAGACCCUUUGGGACGGUUAUGUUAGUAUGAUGACACAAAGCUAUUCUGCCUUACCCUUGUACCACCGUCUCUCUGUAGGUCAUCAUCAUGUCUGUGGCUGUUAGAUAACUAUUUUUAUGGAUCAACAUAUUGCUGUGUGUUGUACCUGUUUUUAUUGCAAGAUAUCCUGGUCAUUAAAUUGUUGUAACACAA